CCUCGCUCUCUCUCUUUCUCUUUUCCCUAUUCUAUCCGUGUUUCUCCCUUAUUCUCGCCCAGUGUCUCUUUAUCUCUCUCUCAGUGUCUCUCUCGCUCGCUCUCUUUCAGUGUCUCUCUCCCUCGCUCUCUCUCUCUCUUUUUUUCCCUCACUCUCUCAGUGUCUCUCUCCCUCACUCUCUCUCUCUCUGGGUGAAUCGGAGGGGAGAUGCUGGAUUCGGGAGAAGGUCCGCCAUUAUUGGGAAGCUGAAAAAAAGCAGCAGAGACUUGUACACACCGUCACACUUUGGGCCUGUCGGGGUCUGAACGUGCGGCAGCAGCUCGGUGCGGGGCGAGCGGUGGUUCAGCGGGGAAUCGAACGUGCGAGCGGAGUGACGACGGGACGCUGCGUUUCCACACGGACCCUUUAUUUCUUCACACAACAAAGGAAAUAAUAAUUGGUCAAAACAACGUGGUGGCGAAGCGAGGAGGAAAAAGCAGGCAGCGGCAGCAGGAGCAGCUCCUCUCCUCCCCCUUCCCCAUUUUUUCGGUGUAAAGACUGGAGUUUGAACAGCAGCUUCGUUUUCCUCGCUCUCCUCCUCCCGACGAGGUUUUAGUUGUUUUUCUCCCCGCGAGACACACGAAGAGAUAAUGUGCAUGUGAAAACUUCAGGGCUGACGGGAAGGAGCAGCGGUGGACACGCAGCGUGUUUACUGGCAGAGAGAAAGAGACAGAAAGAGAAAGAAGAGAAGAAGAAGAAGACGAAUCGACGUGAGGGGUUCUAUCUCUUCUGUUUAAAAAAAGAAAAAAGUCUUUCACCGGCCGUGAGUCGCAGAGGGAGAAAAGGAGUGGACGGGAUCUGGAGAGGGAGGAAUGCUAUGGUCCAAACCCCAGUCCACUGAGCUCCCUUUGCAUGGAAACCCACCUUCCUUGGCAUACUUCCCAUCACCCUAGAGCUAGCGGCCAGCAUGGCAGGAUGAGCCUCUGCCAGCGAUAAUGAUGGCCAAAAAGCAAGAUGUCCGGACACCCAUCUACAACCUGGUCGCGGUGGGGCUGUCCGGCACGGAGAAGGAGAAGGGCCAGUGUGGUGUGGGCAAGUCCUGCCUGUGUAACCGCUUUGUCCGGCCAAGUGCAGAUGACUUCUACCUAGACCACACCUCUGUCCUCAGCACAAGUGACUUUGGGGGCCGUGUGGUGAACAAUGACCACUUCCUGUUCUGGGGAGAGGCUGGGCGGACAAUGGAGGAGGGGCCAGAAUGCCGUAUGAAUGUUGUGGAGCAGACUGAGUUCAUUGAUGAUCAGACGUUCCAGCCUCACCGAAGCACAGCGCUCCAGCCUUACAUCAAGAGGGCAGCUUCUAGCAAGCUGGCCUCAGCUGAGAAGCUGAUGUACUUUUGCACAGAUCAGCUGGGGCUGGAGCAGGACUUUGAGCAGAAACAGAUGCCUGAAGGCAAGCUAAUGGUGGACGGCUUCUUACUCUGUGUGGAUGUUAGCAGGGGGAUGAACCGUAGCUUUGAGGACCAGAUGAAGUUUGUCACAAACCUGUACAACCAGCUAGCCAAGACGAAGAAACCAGUGGUAUUGGUUCUUACCAAAUGUGAUGAAGGAGUUGAGCGCUAUAUUAAAGACUCGCACACCUUUGCCCUUGCCAAGAAGAACCUGCAGGUGAUAGAAACAUCAGCACGCUCUAAUGUCAAUGUUGACUCAGCUUUUCUUACACUGGUUCAGCUAAUAGAUAAGGGUAGGGGAAAGCCCAAAAUUAUUCCUUACUUUGAGGCAUUAAAACAGCAGAGUCAACAAAUUGCCUCAGCCAAAGACCGCUACGAGUGGCUUGUGAACAGAAUUGUGAAAAACCACAAUGAGACAUGGCCGAAUGUCAGUCGUCGCAUGCAGUCUGCCCCUGAGUAUAAGGACUACAUUUUCCUUGAGGGGACAGCUAAAGCCAAGAAGCUUUUCCAACAGCAUGUGCAUAGACUCAAGCAAGACCAUAUAGAGAAACGUAGGAAGGCCUAUCUAACUACUCUACCACAGGCCCUGUCUGUGCUGCUACCAGAGUUGGAUGUGAUAGACCACCUCAGCUGGUCUGGAGUUCAGAAAGUCCUUGAGACAAAGAGAGAUUUCUCCCAAUGGUUUAUAGUGCUAGAUGACAACCCUUGGGAGACCACACCACACAUUGAUAACAUAGAGGAUGAUCGAAUCCCCCAGGACCUUCUGGAGACCCCUGCAGCUGAAAAUAUCUAUGAGAUUCACCUGGAGCAGCUAAGGAAUGAGCGAAAACGGGCUGAGAUGAGAUGGGAGUUCAAGGAGAAGCUAAGUAUCUCUCCUUUCAUCACACCAGGGAAACCAUGGGAGGAGGCCCGAAGCUUCAUCAUGAAUGAAGACUUUUACCAGUGGCUGGAUGAAGCGGAAUAUCUGGAUAUCUACAACAAACACCAGAAGGAAAUCAUUGACAGAGCCAAAGAGGACUUUCAGGAACUGCUUCUCGAAUACUCUGAGCUCUUUUAUGAGCUUGAAGUGGAUGCAAAGCCAAGUAAAGAGAAAAUGGGAGCCAUUCAGGAAGUGUUGGGUGAAGAGCAAAGGUUUAAAGCCCUGCAGAAACUGCAGGCAGAAAGGGAUGCUCUUGUAUUGAAACAUAUCCACUUUGUCUACCACCCCACAAAGGACACCUGUCCCAACAGCCCCCACUGUGUGGACAGCAAGUUAGAGCAAAUUCUGUCCUCCAGAUUCCCUACCCGCUACCCAUCAUCAGACACUUCAAGACUGGAAGGGGGUAGAGCUGAACGGAUAAAUCUUGUCAUCCUAGGAAAAGAUGGGCUAGCCAGAGAGAUGGCAAAUGAGAUAAGGGCCUUGUGCAGCAGUGAUGACCGGUACGUGUUAGAUGGCAAGAUGUAUGAGUUAGCCCUUCGUCCUAUUGAGGGCAACGUACGUCUGCCAGUCAAUUCCUUCCACACACCAACUUUCACACCCCAUGGUGUCCUGUGUUUGUACAACUCAAAAGAAUCCCUCUCAUAUGUUGUUGAGAGUAUAGAGAAGCUUAGAGAGUCAACUAUAAGCAGAAGGGAAAGGGAAAACAGCUUAGCACAACUCCCGCUGUCCCUGAUUCUGGUCACCAAGCGGGGUGUGGGGUCCAUAGGGGAUAUUGGGGGUGAGACAGCUCAGACUCUUAUCCAUCAGGGACAGCAGGUGGCUGGAAAGCUGCAGUGUACUUACCUAGACCCUGCCUCUCCAGGUAUGGGCUACACACGCAAUGUAAGCGAGAGGCAGAUCAACCAGAUGCUAAAGGGUCUCUUAGAUUUAAGGAGAAGCGUAGGGAGCAGUUCCCCUCCCCUGCCCCCUCCAUCCUCUGCCUUCAGAGAUUCACAGUCCCAGCCAGGACUAGAGGCAGACUUGAGGAUAGUUAUGUGCCUGAUGUGCGGAGACACAUACGACCUAGACCAGCUGCUUGCUCCCUUCCUGUUGCCCCAGCAUUGUCGUCCUGCCUCUUCUCUUAGCAGUGGCACCUCUAUUCUGCUGGAUCUCAAUAUAGGAGGUCAGAGGCAGAAUAUUGAACUGUCACUACUCUCUUUCCAUUCCACAUUCUCCCUCCGCAAGACCAGGCUGGUCCAUGGCUAUAUUGCAGUUUACUCUGCUCGCCGGAAGGCCUCUAUGGAGACCUUAUGCGCUUUCCUGUGUGAGGUCCAAGACAUCAUCCCAGUCCAGUUGCUAGCCGUAGGGGAGAGUCAGAUGGAGUUGUCAGACUCAGAGUCAGCCAAGGAGCAGGUCAGUCAGGGAGAUGAACUUGCCAAUGAACUUGAGGCCAGGUUUAAUACAGUAAUAUGUGGACAUGGUGGGGUGGUAGGGGGCCUUCAUAAGAUAGACCUUUUCCAGCCCUUUCUCAAGGAUGUGGUUGAGAAGCACACUAUUGUUGAGGCCACACAUAUGUAUGAUCAUGUGGCUGAGGCAUGUACCAACGACAGCAUAAGCCCUCGCUGUGGCUCUCCAAGUCCAGUUAACAUUCUUAUGGACUCUGAGGAUGACAUCGACCCAUCAUCCCCUUACCCCACACUGAGGGAGGAUGGUAGCCUGAGUUCUCACCUUGGGAGCUACAAGCUGCCAGAUCUGGAUUCAAGUGAUACCUUCUCUGUCAUUUCUGAGCUUAGCACCUUUGAGAGCAAGCUUAACAACAAGAUUCCUCCUCAAGUGAAGCCCAAGCCUGUACGUAAGGUUAACCUCAGCCCCUUCAUGGACCAGCAAGGUGGUACCAACCGCCGCUCUUUGCCCCAAGCUGUCACCUGGGCUCCAGGUAGCGAAGGACGCUAUGACCCAUCCGACUAUGCCGAGCCCAUGGAUGCUGUUAGCAAACCUCGACUCACAGAAGAGGAGAAUAUUUACUCUGUCCCUCAUGACAGCACACAGGGCAAAAUUAUCACCAUCCGUAACGCCAGCAAAGGUCACUCCAACGGGAGCGCUGGAGGGAAUGGUUCCGACAGUGAAGCGGACAGUAGCUCACUGGAACGCAGGAGAAAGUUGUCUGCCAUCGGGGUAAAACCAAAGCUUUACAGAGACAGAUCCAAACGACUUGGCAAGUUCAGCAGUUUCAGGACAAGCUUCUCUAUAGGCAGUGAUGAUGAGAUGGUGGGUCCACCCAAGGCUAGCCAGGAUGACGCAGGAGCCCAAAAGGACAACUCCAUUGAGGAGAUUGAAGACCCUAAAAGAAGAAAUAUCCUCAAGAGCUUGCGCAGAAAUACGAAGAAACCUCGAGCCAAACCCAGGCAUUCCAUCUCAAAACCCUGUGAAAGCAACUACUUCGGGGUGCCACUGGCCUCUGUGGUGUCCCCUGAGAGGCCAAUCCCAGUCUUCAUCGAGAAGUGCAUCCGCUUCAUUGAAACGACCGGAUUGAGCACAGAGGGCAUCUACAGGGUCAGUGGGAACAAAUCCGAGAUGGAGAGCAUGCAGCGGCAAUUUGACCAAGACCACAACCUGGACCUUGUGGAGAAGGACUUCACCAUCAACACAGUAGCUGGAGCCAUGAAGGCCUUCUUCUCAGAGCUGCCGGACCCUCUGGUGCCCUACCACAUGCAGGGAGAGCUGGUGGAGGCCUUCAAGAUCAACGAUAGGGAGCAGCGCUUCCAGACGAUGAAGGACAUUCUGCGCCGCUUCCCCAAGGAGAAUUACGAGGUCUUCAAAUAUGUCACCAGCCACUUGCUCAAGGUGAGUCAGAACAACAAGUCGAACCUGAUGACCAGUGAGAACCUGUCCAUCUGUUUCUGGCCCACACUGAUGAGACCAGACUUCACCACCAUGGACGCCCUGACUGCCACCCGCAUCUACCAGACACUGAUCGAGAGCUUCAUCCACCAGUGCAUGUACUUCUUCUACAACCAGCCGCUGGCCGAUGGCCUCCCUGGCUCCCCCACCUCCUCGUACUCCUCGGGAGGAACCUCGGCGUACUCCAGCAUGGCUGGAGGCUACUCAUCCUCGCCGACUCCGUCCCCGGCUCCCUACGUCCUCCCCGCCACCCCUCCUGUCAUCCCCCACUACGGCCCUCCUCUCCAUCAUCAUCUCCACCACCACCACCAUCAUCACCAGACCCCACCCCACUCCCCGCCUGCUACUCCUCAGUCCCCCAUCCCAGCCCUGCUGCCGCCUUCCCUGCACCCCCACCACCCCCAUACGGAACAACACACGCUGUGAACCAGGGAUCAAGGGAAAGAGAAGAAGAAAAAAACUAAGACGAGGACAGGAUUCAGAGAGGUUCAAAGGUUCAAAAUAAGAAAUCUUGAAAUUUGGGAAGGAACUGAAGAGGAUGUAUUGAAAGGAGGACAGGAGAAGUUGGGAGACUUUGAGUGAGAUGCAGUAUGUACAGGGAGAAACCUACCUGUUUGGGAGAUGAAGAGGGGUUUGAGCCUCCGUUGCUUUUAGAAAAAAUGGACACACACACAAGACCCAAAGGGGAACACUGCAAAGCCUCUGAACUGGCUGUAUGAUCUUUCUCUUCCCCGUCGCCACUUGUAUCCCUUUGUCUCUCUCCUUGCCUUAUACCAACACACAAACACACUAAUGAAGAGGGAGGAGUUGCCAGUCACUGUUAAACGGACUCAGGGAGGGACACAGAAGUAAAGUGCAAAAUGGGGAAUGUGAAAUCUGUUAUGUUGGGAUUGCUACACUACACACACAUGCACACACACAUCAACACACACACACAAUCACAAAAACAGUGGCCAGUGUGCC